AUGGCGUCUUUGCUGAGUGAGAUACUGUUUGAAACCGCUGGACAAGGCCCACCUCCCUCUAAAGACUUCUACCAGUUUGUUAUCACACAAAAGGAGGUUAUUUGGAGGUGGUGGAAGAUUUCAGUUCGGUCUGAAUUCAGAGGAGCACCACCUGGAGAGAUAAAACAGUUCCACAAUGACUUUUUGAAUGAUGCAAGGUUGCAGGAGCAGCUAGCUGCAGUGUUUGGCACCAGGAUUCUGGACUACACUUUGGCUCUGUGUCGAGGGCAUGUUGACUACCUGGAACGUUUACCUGACAAGCUGCUCCUUAAAAUCCUUUCCUGCAUAUCCUUACAGGACAUUGGCCACCUCAGCCAAACCUCAAGCAGGUUUAGGAAGCUGUGUAACUCGGAGGAGAUCUGGAGGCAGGCUGUGAUGGGUCAUUGUGAUAUGAUAACUGAAGACAUGGAGAUGCUGGCGAAUGUCAUGGGAUGGAAGAACAUCUUCUUUAAGUUUUACUAUAAUAAAGAACAUGACAGCACGGCCUAUCCUGCAGAGGAAGAAGAUAAAGCCAAUACUGAAUCUCCAUGAGCUAUUAAAACAACUCUCAGUCAACCAAAAAGACAAUCAUAUGAUCUUAAAAGUGUUCAUUAAUUUAUCUAUUUCUAUCUAUGCUUGCAAGUAUUGAUUUAGAUUCCAAUUCUAAUUUAGACCAGUUGUGCUGUGCUAUGACCGCCAAAGUAUUAAAUAUUCAAGUGUUAAUUUGAUAUUUUCAAUGUAUGUAAUCCAUAAUUAUUCAUGUAACUCGUAAGUAUUAUAGUCACUAUUUCUGUCACCCGAUAUCGCCAUGUUUUGUCGCACUCUAAUCGCACGUCUGCCCUCUAGUGGUGACUGUUUGGCUCUUUUCAUUAACUGCAACGUGAAAAGUGACCAAGUUAAUAAAGUGAGUGAAUGUGCAAAACCAAUGAAACGGGCUUUCACUCUAGAGAUGGUUCAAAUAAAGUGCACAGUAAACAAUAAAUCACUCAGUAAGAUGAGCCUUACUUUUUAAGUGUAAGUGGUUUUGAAAUUAGAAGUCAGAGUAUUUUUUAGAUGAUCUAUUUAAGGAAAAAUGCCUCGUUUAGUUUAAAAACAUACAAGAGAAA